AAAUAUUUGUUCAGUGUCAAAGCGAAUAAAUUUGUUCAGUGUGACGAAACGAAAAAAUUGGUGCUUAAAAAACUAGAAAAAAUGGAAAAUAAAUAUAUAAUGGAUGCCGAAGCUUUUGCUGCCUCUUGGUAUGAGCGCACUCCGCCCAAUUAUUAUCCAGCCUAUCUGGGUGGACCCAUUGAUGAUCUUUUCAUGAAUAGUGAGGAAGGCAAGCGCCGCCGAGCACUCCAAGCCGCGCGCAAUAACUUCAGUUAUUUGCCGGCGGAGCCAACUCGCCAGCCCCUAUGGCCCAUAGAGUCCAUUUUCAAUCCCUUGCCCAUCGGGCGCGAUCCUGUUGGGCCCAUAUCUGGCUUUGGUCAGCAAUCUCAACGCGAGGAACUGCCUCAGACGCCCAAUUACAGCCCCCGGCGCCGCAGGACCGCCGCCCCUAUCAUGCCUUUGACCCCCCUGGGUCAGCAAUUGGAGCUCCAAGCUCUACGCGAGCAACUACUUAAGUCUUCCACUUACAGUCCUCUGGGGCGCGACCGCUACUGGCCUUUGAGCCGCAUGGGCCAGCAGUUGGAAGUCGAAGCUCUACGCAAGGAACUGGCGAAGUUUCCCGAUUACAGUCCUCUACGCCUCAGGCGCGACCCUAUGUGGCCUAAUAGCCGCCCAGGCCAGCAGUUGGAAUCGCGACAGCCCCGGCGCCUCAUUUCCGAGACUGUUAAGCCAGUGAACCACCUGGGCCAGCAUUGCGCACCGCCCAUCUAUGAUCAAUCGGAGCUCUGGACUUGGCUGCGCGCUCGCUUCAAGACCGUGGGCAACAUGCUGUGGGGCUGGCUGGAGAAACUAAAGCUGAAAAUGUUGCAACAUUAAGUGUGUUGUGAUUUAUAUUAGAUUUAUUUGAUUCAAUUGAAACAUCAAAAGACAUAGCUUAGAUUUAAUUGUAAAAAAAAACUAGUCAAAAAAAAAGGCUAUU